UAAGCCAUCACUAUCCACUAUUCUCCAUUUAUAUACAACUCAACCCAUCCCCACAAUUUUACUCAUCUAUCAUCACAUCUUAUGUAAAUUUUCACUUACUCUAUUUUCAUUUUAACCGACUCAACAAACUUUUACAUGUACAAUACUGUUAUACUACUCAUGGAACAAUAAAAUUUUGUUGCUCUUUCUUUAUUCGAAUUUUUUCGUAUUUUCUUGAAUUACCCAUCUUUUAUUACUAGUAUUUGGUUUAAUGGGGAUUGAGAAAAUUGCAAGUGAUAGGAAAGAUAAGGAGAACAUAGACUUGAAGAAGAAGCGAAAAAGGAGGAGGAAAAUAGUAGUGUCAAGGGUUCAAAAACUCUAUGAAAUAUGCAAAAAAGUGUUUGCUAAUUGUGAACCAGGUGUUGUGCCUUCACCGGAAAAUAUUGAACGUGUUAAGGCAGUUUUAGAUAAAAUGACUGAAGCAGAUGUUGGUUUGACGCCGAGUAUGCCAUAUUUCAAGUCAACAUUAUCUCACAGGCCUCCUGAAAUAACAUACCUGCAUAUCCAUGAAUGUGACAAUUUCUCGAUUGGUAUCUUUUGCUUACCACCAAAAGCUGUCAUUCCUCUUCAUAACCAUCCUGGAAUGACAGUUUUCAGUAAGCUUCUGUUGGGGAAAAUGCACAUAAAAUCUUACGACUGGGCGGACAAUCUCCUCCGUGAAUCAACUCCAAAUGCCAAUAUUUUUGACAAUGGUGAAGGGGAUCGUAUAGGACCGCGUCUUGCAAAAUUGAAGGUGAAUUCGGAGUUUAAAGCUCCUUGCAAGACUUCAAUCCUCUAUCCAGCUGAUGGAGGUAAUAUGCACUGCUUCACAGCAACUACAGCCUGCGCCGUACUAGACGUGCUCGGCCCACCUUAUUGUGAUCCUGAAGGUCGCCACUGCCAAUACUACUAUGACUUCCCCUUUGUCAAUUUCUCAGUGGAUGGCUUGUCAGUGCCUGAGGAACAGCAUAGUGAAUAUGCGUGGCUCAAAGAGAGGGAGAAACCUGAGGACUUAACUGUAGCUGGAGCAUUGUACACUGAACCAAAUUUAGUACUAAAGUGAAGGAAUUCAUUGGUCAAAGCACAAGAGAACUUUUUUCCACCCUUUCCCUGUAAUGGUUUUUUCCCUUUGGUUCGCUUAUUACUCUAUCCAAUGAAUAUAGUCAAAAGUUAGGAGGGGAGCGGUUUUCUUUCUUCCUGCAAAUAGCUCAUGUACAGAUCGGAAUGAACAAGCAAAGGAUGAGGGAACCGAGAAUGUAAUUUCAAAAAUGUAUGUAUAAAAUUAAUGUUUUUCC